UUAGAAACUCAUGUUUAUGCUAACGCAAAGGUAAACGUAGUCAUUGACAGACAACGACUGCUAAAAGCGUUGAAGUAUUGGACAGUUUACAUUGACUACAAGGUGUUUGUCGAUCUAAUGGAGUCAGAAAGUGCGGGUGUGGCGCAGUCACUAGAUCCUAAGGAUGAACCAACAACUUCAUCUGUGUCAGUUGAGACUGAAAAGGAAAACUCAAGCCGUGAUACUGAGAUAAGCAGCAAAGAUGUUUCCCAAAAGGCUGAACGGCAACUGUGUCGCUUCUACUCUCAGGGCAGGCGAUGCUAUUAUGGAAAAAGGUGCCACUUUCUUCAUCAGAGAGCUUCAGGUGCACCAAAAGAUGGAGAAAAUGGUACAUCUCAUAAGGAGAAAGAAGCAAAAGAGCAACAGCAACAGUUAAGUGAAAACAGCCAACUGACUACAGAAGAUCUUCCACCUCCAUCCAACCAUAAACCUGCUCCUGUGAGGCAACAGAGAGCCAGAAGACCCUGUCGCUACUUCCUCUCUGGGUUUUGUGCUAUGGAGGAUCGGUGUCGUUUUUUGCAUCCACAAGAGUUUCCGUCGGUGGAGGACAAACAUCAGGGUCCGAAAGAGAAGAGCAGCUUCAGGCCUUCCGCUCCAGCUAUGCGUCCCGCUAAAAGUCACGAGCAAGUCAAACUGGCUGAGCUCACAGGAGAAGUCUGCAAGCAGCUGCGAGAAACAGAAAUCGCUCAGCUGAUGAAGAGAUUCCCCAAAGACAAGCUCAUCGUCCAGGAGCGAGAAGAUGGACAGCUCACUUACUACAGAGUCACAGUUGAAGCCACCGAUCCUGACUGGCCAUUUGACCUUAAUGAAGUGGACAUCAUGGUCAGCUUUCCUGAGAGUUACCCUCAAGAGGUUUUCACUGUGGAUGUUCCUGAGGACCAGGACUUACCGUCACUAAUGGGAAGACAUGUUCAGAAGGCCUCAGAGGAAUGGCUGAAGGCUAAACAUGCCACCAAUCAGCUGAUGGGGAGGGUUGAGCUGCUUUUCAGGCCUUACUUGCGCUGGCUGGACCGCAGUAUGGAAAAACUCUUUACUGAGGGAGCCAGACAGCUGAAAAAAGACAUUGACCUGGAGAAAGCUGGAAUACAGUUUGUCCCCUAUGAGCAACUCAAGGUCACGGUUUUUAAGAGCACGUCUAAGAAAUCAAACACUCCUGAGCGUAUAGUGUCACUCACUAUGGCCUCAGGAGAAGAGCUGGAGGAGGAAGAAGAGCAUGAUGAAGGUGGAGAAGAGGAGGAGGAAGGAGAUGAAGAGGCUCUUGAUUGUGAUGGAGAGGAGGGUAGCCAGCAGGUGGAGAACAUUAAAACCAGAGAGCGGCGGAGAGGCACUGAAAUUAAGCUGCUGGGUCUGAGACUGGGUGAACAAACAGCUACUGUGGCGGCCAGACAGAUCGCAGUGUCUCUGAAGUGCAACAGGUGUAAAGUGGACGCCGACCUGACCCUGAAUGGACAUGUGACCUGUACUGCUCAGUGUGAGAAAUGUGGAGCAGACAUCAGAGCUGCCUUCAGGCCCAGUAUGCUGCACCACUACAGUGAUGUUUUAGGAUAUCUGGACCUACACGCAGCUGUUCCUGUCGAUCUGGUACUGCAGGACUCUCAGUUCAGUGUGGGCUGCCUCAACUGCAACAAGGAGGAUACAAUUCAGAAUCUGACCUAUGGCCAAAACUGGGAGCAGAACUGCCAACAUUGUCAUUUCAAACUCAGCAUAUUUGUGGAGGCGACACGUUUUCAAUUCAUUCAGCCGGAGACCAAAAAUCAGACAGGUGCAGCUGGUCAAUAUCCUCGACGUUACAGAGACCCUGCAGUUCAGCAAGGAAAACCUCUACCUGAUAAAGGUGCCUGCAAGCAUUUCAGACAAAGUCACCGGUGGCUAAGAUUUCCAUGCUGUGGUCGGGCAUACCCGUGUGACGCAUGCCAUGAUGAAGACCAGGACCAUUUGAUGGAGCUGGCCACCAGAAUGAUCUGCGGUUACUGUGCCAAAGAGCAGCCAUACAGCAAUGGUAAGCCGUGUGUUGGCUGUGGAGGCAUAAUGACAAGAGGAGCCUUUACAAGCUACUGGGAGGGUGGACAGGGCUGCAGGAACAAGAUUAAGAUGAACAGGAACGACCGGCACAAAUAUGCCAACACAUCGAAAACGGUGCCAAAGAAAGCGCAAAAAGAAAAAAAGUAAAUAAAGACACCAGAGUUUUAGCUCCUUUUUCCUGAUCUGAUUCAGAUCAUCAUCGUCAUAUUUUUUUCCUCCUCAGAUGAUUUCACAGAAUUGUUUUCUUGCGAUGUACAGUUCAUUUUGAAAUAAAGCAGCUGACAGAUUUGCAAUAUUCAGCGUAAA